AUGGUGUCUUUUAACAAGGCAGCGUGUUCUGUUCAGCAGGGCCAGAGAAGUGUAAUCUUCACUGUUAACGUAAUUAAAUGUCCCGCAAGGAUGAGGUAAUGUGCUGCAACUUUUGCAAAAAAAAGUGCCAAAACUGCUGUUCUCUUUAUUUCCUUCAUAGAGUAAAAACAAUUAUUGUCUGAUUGAUACAGAAAUCAGCAUUCCAACCAUGUUGCUAAAUAAUGAGUGUUUUAAUUUAUCUCUGGAUGAGAGACGAGACACUUAAGGUGUUGACUCAGUGGUCUGUGCUCCUUCCCUUUUUAACAUGAAAUAAAGUAACACAUUCACAGUGUUCCUGAGUGAUAUAACCUUAAAAAAGACCAGCUGUACAAGUAUCAUUUCUCCUCAUCAUGCAGUAAUGAGAGAAAUGUUACACAUAUCCUGGAAGUGAUCAACCCCUGGCUUAACUUCUGAGAACCUUUUUUAUUUACAGUACAAGUGAAAAGAUUAGUCACCAACACAGAAAAAGGAAAAGCAUUUGAAGGAAGUGGUGCAGAAUGACAUAGGAACUGACAACCCUCAAUUUGAUCAUAAGUGCAGCCAUUACUCUCUAUUGUUAGUUGUGUUGACCUUCUCAAAGUAUAGAGCUGUCUCUCUCUCUCUCUCUCUCUCUCUCUCUCUCUCUCUCUCUCUCUCUCUCUCUCUCUCUCUCUCUCUCUCUCUCUCUCUCUCUCUCUAUUCUCUCUCUUCUUCUUCUCCUCUACUGACUUGGGGGGGCUAAUGGUACUGCCAUUUCAGUGCUAUCAUUUAAGAAUCAGAGGAACAAAGAAAGGGUUUGGGUCAUUUGGGGGUCUCUCUCUCUCUCUCUCCCCCUCUCUUUAACUCUCUCCCCCCCUCCUUAGACUCCGCCCCCCGCAAGGGAGUCGAGCCGCACGUCGAACGUCACGCGGGAAAGCGCAGACGCGCCCGCAGAGGGAACGCGCUCCCGCUCGGUGAAGCCGCGCCCCGCACGCGAAAACUCGCAGCCGCGAACUCCCCCCCUAACCUACUCUCUGCCCACUCCUGAAACUCUGCUCCCCUCCUGAAACUCUACUCCUCUCUUUAACCUGCUCCCUCUCUUUAACUCUCUCUCCCCUAUCCUUAACUAUCUCUCUCCCCCUUCUCUUCAACUCUAUUCUCUCCAACCCUCUCUCCCUCUCUCUAGAAAUCUCCCAUUCCUGCUGUUUCCCCCAACUCUGAAGAAAAAUGUGUGCCAUCGAUCAGUGUGAGCUCCAUGGAUUCACUCCAGUGUUUUACUAUAGCACUAAGCCUUCCUCUCCUGCUGGGACAAAAAUGGACAUUCUCAUUUAAUGGGCCAGGAUAUUUAACUUGUAUUGUGUGUUUGAAGCAGUACAAAAUGGUCCCAUGUCAUUUUCUCCCCGUAAAUUUUACAUCCACAUGGGCUUUCUCGUGUUUCACCAGCCAGAUGAGUUUCUGCCUCAUUGUUUACUAGGGAUUUUAGGCUGUUGUUUUGUUGUAUUGCAAUCACUGUUCCAAGUUGGGUUCAGAGUCACACACUCAUGCACUUAAACCCAAAGUGUGGCAGAAGACAAUGCCACUCCGUUAACGACUUUCAAACAGUUUCGGUGCGCACCACCUGUUUUCAUUUAGUACUUUUCAGCAGCUGUUACCUAUAAUUACGCCUGCCGUUAUACUGCGAGAGGAGGGGUGGUGCAUGGCGGGAUGGUGAUAUUGUAGAUCUGGUUGAUAAACAAAGUAGUUUAGGGGAACCUAUGAGGACUGAGGACACACUCCACCUCCCGAAGGAAGGGUCCAACCCAGUACCCACCCAGCAACACACACCCAGCCGGUUGAAGUGUGAAGUCGGACAAACCAAUUGCUUUUUGACUCACAAUUAGGUAGAGAGAGCUGUAUAGUAGAGUUGGACACUGUGCUUUGUGUUGUGUUAAAGCCUGUACAGCAGAUGUUUAAUGUAGGGCUUAGUUAAGAUGUACUACAGCCUGUGAAUAGAACUGAAAGACUCAUGUUUCCAUUGUUUGUCACAGACCCAUUCUAUGUGGGAAAAUAACAUAAUCCAACCCACUCCAGUGAAAUAAAGGCAGCAUUGAGUGAAUUAGAGCACGACCCAGAAACUCCAGUAUAUCUGUCGCUCAGAUUGAGCUAUGCUGCUGUUACUCCUUUUGUGCUGUUUGUUGUAAAACUAUGCAGACAUACACACGCACGCACACACACACACUUCCCACCUCGCCAUGUCUUAUAAAACUAUGCAGAGAGACAUGUUGAUUGAGCUUCCUUCCACCACUUUACCCUCCUGAUCCCCUUUCAUCAAAACUGGCUUAAUUCAUCCAAAACGGUCCAUACAUUAAGCCUGGUACAAUAAUAUCCCUAUAGGUCAAGCAUGUUUACCUCUAAACCUGGCCCACACACACACACACACACACACACACACACACACACACACACACACACACACACACACACACACACACACACACACACACACACACACACACACACACACACACACACACACACACACACACACACACACACACACACACACACACAUACACACACACACACACACACCUCUGGGGUCUCUAGCUACCCAUGCCCUCAUUAGUCUAGGUGACUAAGUCCAUUCUUCUUCCUGUGUGGUGUGGAGUGUACACCAACCAGCACACUGGGAAUGCAUCCCAACUAGCACCCUAUUCCCUACAUAGUUCUCUACUUCUGACCAGAGGGAACAGGAUCCCGUUCUCUAGUUCUGUGUCUGUAUUAGGUUCUUAUUGCACCUGAAUAGUCCUGAUCCGCAUUAAAGCCAAAGGUGUUUAAUAGUCACCCAUUAUCAGCAGUCAGUCGUCGGGUAGAGAAAGAAACAGAGCAAAAAGGAAUUCAUGUUACAAUACUACUUAUCAUGCAUGGGCCCUCUUUGCAAUUACAUCCUUGACUGAUUUCUUUUUAGGCUUUGAAAUUCAUUUUCAAUGACCUUUAUGUCACCAAAUUUGGUCGUGUGUGGAGAAAAGUUUCCAAGGCUGCUAAUUGUUUCAAGUGGUGAUGGGCAGAAAAGCCUUUGAGGUGUGUGAAAGGGGGAAGGGGGUAAUGUUUCUUCAUUCACUUUUCUCUUUCUCUAGUUCUCUAGUUCUCUCUCUCUCAUUUUCUGCACUCUUUCUCUCACCACACACACAAGCACACAUGCAUGUGCUGAUGCCUACACACACACACAAACACACACACACACACACACACCACACACACACACACACACACACACACACACACCACACACACCACACACACACACACACACACACACACACACACACACACACACACACACACACACACACACACACAGUCUUGUAUAACUAACCUUAACCCUAACCUUAACCCCGAAAACCUAACCCUAGCUCCUAACCCUAAACAUAAUUCGAUGCCUACACACACACACACACACACACACACACACACACACACACACGCACACACACAGUCUUGUAUAACUAACCUUAACCCUAACCUUAACCCCGAAAACCUAACCCUAAACCUAACCCUAAACAUAAUUCGAUGCCUACACACACACACACACACACACACACACACACACACACACACACACACAGUCUUGUAUAACUAACCUUAACCCUAACCUUAACCCCGAAAACCUAACCCUAAACCUAACCCUAAACCUAACCCUAGCUCCUAACCCUAAACAUAAUUCUAUCCAGAACCCAUAUUCUAACCUUAACCCUAAACCCCAUAGAAAUAGCAUUUGACCUUGUGUGGACUAAACCCCCCCCCCCCCAACACACACCAUGUUAGCAAGGUAGAAGAAAGACUAAAACCCCACUUUGUAUGCAGGGGGCUCUGGUAUGGUGGACUGCUCUGUUUCCACUCUGAUCCCUCCUAUGUUCCCUCCUCUUUCUCUCCUCAGACAAUAUAAUUUACCCUCUCCUCUAGGACAAUGGGACUUAAUGAAUGCAUGCCACCCAUGCAGACUAUUAAUUAAUAAUAAAGGACCCACAGCACAUAAUGGGCUGUGGCUGGGUCAAUCGUUUAGAGAAGAAUGGAUGACAGCCAGGCAGGUUGUUCUUCCUGUGUGAAGGAAUGGCUGUGUCUAGACUAGGCCGGUGCACAGGGACCCAGUGUAGCUACAUGACUAGUAGUGCUGAGAAGCAGUGGACUCUACUGAAUACAUAUGUCAUAGAAUACCUGAGCUGUAUGAUAAUGUUACCUAUUGGUGCAAUAGUGAUCGGUGAUACUUCUGUUCACACACCACAAUAGAUGCUAUAUUGACUUUACAGCUUAGCUUUAAACUAACCUGACACCUUGGGACCUAUUCAAGUGUUAUGUUGACUUAUUCAACUGCUCUUACACCAGUGUAGUUACCCUGUGUUUUAUUCAGGAACAUCCAGCGAUCUCUUUUGAUGGAUUACAGCACUUUUUGUUGAGCUGUGUUCCCUUCACUCACAUCAGGGUGGAGCUGCUGUCAGCUGGCUUGAAAAACUCAGUUGGCUGCCAGCGCUUGUUCCUAUCUGAUGUAAAUGUUACAAUGUUUCUCUCUCUCUCAUUCACUUACUCAGCCUUCCCUUUCUGGAAUACAGAACGUGUGCGAGCGAGGAUGAUUAUUGCAUUGUCAUUUUGCCGAGGACACAGAAAGUGGUCCUCUAGCCAAUUAUUGCCAAUUUAAUUUAUGGCAUCUAAUAUAGUAAACAGCUGAGCUAAAAGCCUCUCCGGGGACAUAAAAGUAAUUUUGAAUUUUUUUAAAUAAAAACUCUUCAUUAAUAGUAAAGACGUAGUUUGACACAUGUUGGCAAUUUAUCCAACUAGUUCUGAGUGUUUUUGGAAAGCAUUGUAUUUUUUUUACUGUUGCCAUGGUCACAUUGUCAACAAGGACACAUAAUCGAUCAUAGCAUAGAGAGUUGUGUUGAAGUCUCAGGGCUUGUCAGAGCACAGCUGAUUCAGAAUGGCCCCAUGAUGAUAAAUUAUAUGAAACUAAAGGCUAAUGGCUGGGUUACUGUUUGUUUGACUCUAACUAAAGCCUUGGCUGCAUUCUGUAUAACUUUGAAUAAGGCCUAUGAGAUCAUGCUAUACUGAACCAUUAUAAAAUGUGUGCUUCGAGCCCUGAAUGCUGAUUGGCUGACAGCCGUGGUAUAUCAAAUUGUAUACCAUGGGUAUGACAAAACAUGUAUUUUUACUGCUCUAAUUGCGUUGGUAUACAGUUUAUAAUAGCAAUAAGGCACCUCAGGGUUUUGUGGUAUAUGGCCAAUAUACCACAGCUAAGGGCUGUAUCCAGGCACUCUGCGUUGCGUCGUGCGUAAGAACAUCCCUUAGCUGUGGUAUAUUGGCCAUAUACCACACCCCCUCGUGCCUUAUUACAUAAUUAUACUAUCACAUGUGGUAGAGUAGAGUAGUCGGGGACAAAGAACUACUUUCUCUACCUGACCUGUGCCCACUCCCUAUCACCUGGCUGUAGGAUAUGAAUGGUGAUUUCCUGGCAUGGUCCUCCAGUGUGUGUGUGUGUGUGUAAUGAAAGGGUUAUGUGUUAAAAAGCACUGUGAUUAGAAGGAUUCAGGGGCCUGUUUUUACUGAUGGUCCAGUCAUCCAGUCAUGGUUCAGAGGGGUUGGGGGGGGGGCACAGCUGAGGAAUGACGGGGGAAUAGGGUGUCAGGCCGUGCUAGGUGUUGAAAAAAGCUUCAUGCACCUGAACGCACCACUGCAUCCUAAUAACUCCUCAGCCGCUGAAAAACCUGCUUUGCUCUCACUCAGCACCUGUGAAGGGCAGACACCUGGCAUUCCUGUGUGUGUGUGUCUUUUUGUGUACGUGUGUGUGUGGGGCGGCAGGUAGCUUAGUGGUUAAGAGCGUUGUGCCAGUAACCGAAAGGUCGCUGGUUCUAAUCCCCAAGCCGACUAGGUGAAAAAUCUGUCGAUGUGCCCUUGAGCAAGGCACUUAACCCUAAUUGCUCCUGUAAGUCGCUCUGGAUAAGAGUGUCUGCUAAAUGACUAAAAUGUAAAUGUGUGUGUCUGCAGAGCAAUACUUUCAUCAGUAGUGUUAUAGGGGUCUUGGAGCAUGGGUCCCAGGGUUAAUUGCUCCCGUUGUUUGCAUUAGUUCCCUUAAUACAGCAGCCAUGGCUAUAUCUGCAAGGCACACACACACACACACACACACAACAGCACAUGAUGAAGGCUCCACAUCCCUCACAGAUCAUCACUUUUCAUCAUUCAUUCAAUAACACCCCACAAAUGUAUUCACAGUAUUGAACUAAAAAAUGUAGUAGCAGUACUCCAUUCUUCUUUGUUUUAUCAUUCGCCAAACUUUUAUUGGUUUUAAAUUAAACAUUUUUUAAUCUUCAGAGCAAUACUAGUGGCUGCAGAUUCCUCUGCACACACUAGUGAUUAGUAUUCAUGAGAGGUGCUGAUAUUUGGUUAAAUCGUUUUGAUAUUCAAGACAAGCUCUCUUCCUGUCCGUCACAAUGAACCAGAUUCUGUCAUGCACAGAGAAAUAUCAUGACUGUCUUUUUUGAUGUUGCAGAUGUUUUCUGUCCCACCUCUCCUUACCGUUACUUAUCUGUCUGAAAGAAAGGAAGAAUAAAAUAACAAUUUGUAAUGACCUUAGUUACUAAAAGCCUUUGUGAUUUUUACGACUGUUAUUUUGAAAUUCUCAUUCCAUAAACAUUCGGAGAGAAGGGAGAAUAAAUUGAAUUUUGACACCCGUUUGGUUGAACGUGUUCCAGUCUCAGUGGGUUUUAAACAGGCUUCACCCCCAAACAGUGUGAACACACUGAGACUAAAUGAACUCUAACAAAGCAUCCCACGGAACAUCAGAUCACUUAAUGUAUAUGUCGGACCUCAAACGUGUGACAAGAAAGCAUCUUCUAAAGAUGCAUGGUGUGGACGUCAACGGGAAAACGCUGUUGUUUGAGCAUAAAAUUGAUACCUGGUGUUUUCAAAGUAGCUUUGAUCCUGCUUCUCACACAGAGAGCUUAUGACUGUGACAGCGAAUUAGCGGUGGUCUGCUAGACAGUAAGGAUAAGUAACAAUGACAGCCACAAUAAGAUAUGACACACACUCAUCUCAUCUCUCCCUCUUUUGUUCUUCUAAUCUCUCUCUCUCUCUCUCUCUCUCUCUCUCUCUCUCUCUCUCUCUCUCUCUCUCUCUCUCUCUCUCUCUCUCUCAUCUCUCUCUAUCUCUCUCUCUCUCUCUCUCUCUCUCUCUCUCUCUCCAUAUUGUGUCUUCUCUACCUAUCUACCUCCCUCCCCCCUCUCCUUACAGAAGUCAGAAGAAGAGGACCUGGUUUUGACCCCAGAUGGUACCAGGGAGUUCCUGACCUUUGAGAUCCCCCUGAGUGACUCGGGGUCGGCAGGUCUGGGGGUCAGCGUCAAGGGCAACCGCUCCAAGGAAAAUCACGCCGACCUGGGCAUCUUCGUCAAGUCCAUCAUCAAUGGAGGAGCCGCCUGCAAGGUAAGGAUCACACAUCCUUGUGUUCCAUGGUUGAUACAUAUACAUGAUAAAUAGACCCUAAUAAAUUACAAUUUACAUUUUUACAUUUUAGUAAUUUAGCAGAUGCUCUUAUCCAGAGCAACUUACAUGAGCAAUUAUGGUUAAGUGUCUUGCUCAAGGGCACAUCGGCAGAUGUUUCACCGGGAUUCUAACCAGUGACCACUAGGCUACCAAUGUCUACGCUUCUCAAAGAGAAUGCUCAUGAGGUGCAAUAAGAAUGAAUGAUGACUGUAUUCGACUUCUGUUCUGUAUUAUCUAGUCUCCAAUAGUUAGUUAAUUACUCUGAUGGUCAUUCACUUUAAGAAAUGGUGAAGAUAACAUGUCGUUAUUGUAAUGCGCUGUAAAACAGGUCAAUUUACAGUGCAUAUAUAUGUAAAUGAUCACACCCUUCUUUUUUGUGUGGUUCUACAGGAUGGCCGACUGAGAGUCAACGACCAGCUCAUUGCCGUCAAUGGCGAGUCGUUGCUAGGGACGCCCAACCAGGAUGCCAUGGAAACGCUUCGCCUGUCCAUGUCGACGGAGGGCAACAAACGAGGGACGAUCCAACUCAUC